AGAAAAGGAAAGGGCUCUUGCAAUGAGUGCUACUUUCUGGUUGGAUGGGGAUGGUCCACUGAAUUUAUAUCUACCUAGGUAUGUAAUACUUAGACCGGUCUCAGGCCCACAGAAGCCGCGUCGGCAAAGACGACGGUGUGGGUUCUCCCAUAGCAUGGCUGUAAGUACGUAGGUAGGUAGAUAUGAAUAUCAGGAUCUGCUAAGUCCACAAGUCGAUGAAGAACUGUAGUGUACAUAUGGUGGAUGUGGCUGGCCGAUCACCUUAAGUUUCUAACGCCAUCGGCCCUUCAGAAAGGUCCGUUUACUUAACCGCUCCCUCGUGUCUACUCCAAAAGCCAGCUGGUUUCAACUCAUACACUCCGGAUUCUAUUUCUUCCAAAGCGAGGCCGUUAUGUAUUCCUUGUCGAUUCUAGUUGGCACUUUAGGAUUGCUUCUCAACUUGGUGGCUGCUAUUGAUGUAGACUGGACAAGUGAUUCCUCUAUCAAGUCGGCCGCUAGUACGAUUGCUUAUGGUCUCGUCAAAUAUUAUUCAGGAAAUAAUACGGGCGAUGUCCCUGGAAACUUGCCUGAUCCCUACUAUUGGUGGGAGGCGGGCGCCAUGUUUGGAACCUUGAUAGACUAUGCAGCUUUCACAGGCGACAAGACGUAUAACGACAUCACAUUCCAGGCUCUCCAACACCAGGUCGGAGACGACGCGGAUUUCAUGCCUUCGAACCAGACAAAGUCCGAAGGCAACGACGAUCAGGGGUUUUGGGCCAUGGCAGCAAUGACUGCCGCCGAGAUGAACUUCACAAACCCAGAUCCGGACCAGCCGCAGUGGCUAGCAUUGGUCCAAGCCGUAUACAACGAGUACGUCGGGCGGUGGGAGCCCGACACAUGCGGCGGUGGAAUGCGUUGGCAGAUAUACACGUUCAACAACGGCUACAACUACAAGAACUCCGUUUCCAACGGAUGCUUCUUCAACAUUGCUGCGCGCCUGGCCAAAUACACCGCCAACGAGACUUAUACCGAGUGGGCGAACAAGAUUUUCGAGUGGGAGCAAUCAGUCGGUUUCAUCAAUGAGAACUACAACGUGCUAGACGGCGCCGGAAACGCCAGCGGCGAAAACUGCACGGAGAUCAACGGGGCGCAAUUCACCUACAACGCGGGAUUAUUUCUAUACGGUGCCGCAGCCAUGUACAACCACACCGGCGGCGCCGAGCCGUGGAAGACACGCCUAGAGGGACAAGUCAAGUCCAUAGCGAGUAUAUUCUUUGAGGAUGGGGUUAUGUGGGAGCCCAGCUGCGAGAAGACGUCCGCGAAGUGCAACACAGACCAGCAGGCUUUCAAAGGCCAUCUAAGCCGCUGGAUGGCUCUAACCACAGUAAUCGCCCCGUUCACGUCCGACACCAUCACGCCCCUGCUUAAAUCGUCGGCCCAAGCCGCUGCCAAGCAAUGCUCCGGACCCGCAUCGACGGAUUACAAGGGUCCGGCGGGGACGGCGUGCGGGUUCAGUUGGCUGCAGCAAGCCACCUUCGACGGCAUCAGCGGGGUCGGCGAGCAGAUGAAUGCGCUCCAGGCGGUUAUGGCGCCUCUGGUCCACCUCGCGCAAGCGCCUUACACGUCGGAGACCGGGGGCUCGUCCCAGGGCAAUCCGAACGCCGGUGCCUCCGACUCCGACAAGAUCGAGCAGCCGAGGCCUAUUACGGCUGGGGACAAGGCCGGAGCUGGGAUACUGACGACCCUUGCGCUUGGCGGGUUACUAAGUGGCAUGUGGUUUGUAUUGAUGGACGAGAAGUAAAUAUUAUAUCAUUACGACGGAGUUGUUCAUGUUUAUUUAGAAGGGUCGGGUGGAGGAGAAGGCGUUCGGAGUCCCGGAUUGGAACCAC